UAACAUUCAUUCGUGCAUGAGAGCAGAAAAAUCUUUUUCCUCCGAAAAUAAUGUAAAGAAAAACAAAUAAGACAUUUACAUUGUAAUAAAAAAAAUUGUGUGUUUUGUAUCUGUGCUACCAAAAUUAUAUUUACAAGAAUUGGGAGAUAAUCGCACAGCACGAAAUUCGUUUCACACUGCAAAAAUGCGACCAGAAAGUUUGGAAUUGGAAUCAAAAUCGCGAACUUCAGUGUCUCAAUCAAUUUUGCAAAAACUUAGAUCGAGUUCACCAAAUGGUUCCGGUGUUGCAAUAGCAGAGGAAGAAUUUCUCGGAGGUGUAAUUCGUGGUGGCCAACUCGCAUGGAUUGCCAUCGGAUCGAAUCUUGAGGUUUUGUCGCUGAAAACCGGUCAACGAGUCGCCGGACAAACAUUUGAUGAAAAAAGCAGUGUAACUUGUGUUGCAGAAGUCACAGACAGCGAUAUUGGUUCAUGUUUAUUGAUCAUAGCUGUUCAACGCGUUCACGUCGGUGGAUUAUUGUAUUUGUUUUCGGUGCAAGGAUCUCGAAUUGUUCAUCGCAUCAAUGUUCUUGAUAAAAUUACUAGUUGUUGUUUUGUUAGUGAUGCUGCGUGUAAACGGAGCUGUCUCGGCGCUUUCAAUGGUUGCGCAGCCGUUGGAACUGAAGCCGGAGAAGUGUUUUUGAUCGAUUUACAUUUAAAUCGAUGCAAAGAAAUAAUCUCAAGACAAAAGGCGUUUAGUCCAAAUACAGAUGAAUCUUCGUGCAAAAUAGUGGCUGCGCCGAUCGAUGAAAAUGAAAUUCGGCUUCAAGUAAAUCAAACACGUGUUGAAAAUAUAAAUUUGGGAAUUCGUUUGGAUUUUUCGGUAGUUGAACAGCCAUCGCCAAUAUCGUCAAUACUUUCAAUGCCACAAAUGCAAAUGAUUGUCGUCGGUCUUGAAAAUGGUUUAUUGGCUCUCUUCAAUUUGUGUGAUUUGAAUGCACUUCACUUGGCAUAUCCACCAGAAAUCGAUUCGCCUCUGGUAAAAUUAACAUUCCUCGAACCAGCUGACGAUCCAAGGCCAUGUGUUUACAUUUGGGCAUUUCAUGCAAACAAAAAUAACUUUCCAUUUGCUGUGAUGCAUUCAGUAUCGUUCAUUUCUAAAACCUAUCAGGAUGGUGAAAAUAUUUAUGAGACAUUCCAAUGGUGUCGGCCAGACCUAACAAUUCCGAUUCAUGAACGUGACUCGAAGCCAAUCUCAUGUCAAUCGGUGACCAAAAUUGUGUCGGACGAAGAAGACGAACAGUACAGUCUGUGUUUACUUGCAUGGACAAAUCGAAUGUCAUCGUUUGUAUUGGUUUUCGAUUUAAACCAAUGGUACAAGGAGCAAAUGCCACGAGUUUGUGAUUGGCGUGAUUAUCCCAGUUAUUUGGCACCGUUCCCAAUCGAAGAAGCGGGAGAUGCACCGUUGGACAUUUGGAUGAACCCAAAAUCAGUAUCCACUUUCAAUUCAAUUCAACGACCCGAAGAACAUUUCUAUCCAAUUUCGUUGAGUUUUGAUUUGAUUGAACUAAAAACGACAAUCGUUCAGAAGCUGCAUUGGGAUGGUUUACAAAAUAAUGCCAUUAAAAAGCUAAGCAAUACCGGUGCCGUUGCAAUUCUAAUGCCAGAUGAAUGUUUUCAUGAAUUUUUGGAAGCUUCACUAAUACCACAGCUCAGCGAUCAAAACUAUCAUGCGAAUCCGUCAAAGCGGAUCAAGCAAGAGUUCUUGUUAUCGAUGGCAUUAGAAUAUAAUUGUAUGGGCCUUUUGAGACAAUGUGCACAACAAUGGGCUGAUGGCAGUCACAUGGGCCGUGGCUCUAGCGAAGGAUUAACAUUGUCAACUCUCACCGAUUGGAUUUGGAAUCAAGCCACUUUAAUCAAAGACCGAUGCAAUGAUCUGUGUGUUUCGCUGUUCGACGACUCAGGAAUCACAAUCGAUUUACGAUCACGAAAAAUUCUUGCCCAUUACUCACGCCAAUUGAAAUUGUUAGCUGAAAUAUUGAAUAUGAUUAUUACAAGCUAUCGCCAGUACAUACCCGAUGAAAUCUUUGAUACUCUCACGGCUCAACGUAAUUCGAUUCGAAUGACAUCGGAGUAUCAAGAAGUUCUUCAGUGGCUACUGAAUAUGGGAUUGUUGCCGGAAAUCGUAUGGAAUCAAUUGUCAUUGCCUGAAUCAAGAAAUGAUACGUUCACCGCUAUUCCAUAUCCAUAUCGUAUACUCAACAAAUUCUAUACAGACCAACGACAACGAUUCUAUGAAAAUGAUCGCAGUAAUAUUGCACCGAAAACAAAUAGUUGCAAGUGUUUGUACAUCGAUUCAUUCAUUGAUCGUGAAUGCAAUUCACAUUUGCUGCGAACUGAAUGGAACAAUGGAUUAGGUGAUGGCCUAUAUCCACCGCCAUCGUUGCAAGCCAUGCUUCGCAUUUUACUCAUACCGGGCAUUUCACUCGAGAAUAAAUACAUGCUGUUUGUUUAUCUGUUUUUGGAUUUGCACAUGGUUUUGGAAUCCGAACACUUCAAUGUCGUGCAAAAUCUCAUCAAAUUUCCCGCCGUAUUCAAUUUGAAUUCAUCUUUGAUCAAAACCACACAAGCAUUCUGGAAUUUGGAUCACAAUGAAUAUGAGAUUGCAUUGAAAGAGCUCAUUUCACCACUAACAAGCGAUCGAUUGAUUUCGAAAUGGCAACAAGAACUCUUGGUGAAUACUUUGCUGAUUCGUGAUAUGCCAAAUUUGGCUUUGCAAGCGUUACGCGCACCCGGCCCAUCGAUCAACACCACACUUCGAAUCAAAACCCUACUGGCAAACAAUCUAAUCACCGAAGCAUUUGAAUUGCAACGUUCAAAAUACGAUGAAAAACUUUUAUUGGAAUUCUUCAAAGGGUGCCAUGAACUUAAGAAAUGGAACUAUGUCCUCGGUCUAUCGUUGACUGAGCGCGAGGGUGAAGUUUUGUGCAAAUUUUUGAACACAUGCGACUCAUUGUUGUCGGAAAAUUUGCAAUUAAUCUAUUUACUGCAACGAAAUAGAUAUAUUGAGGCGCUAAUGUACUUGGAUGAGUUAAAACAUAAGCCACGCACAUUAACUAUGCAUAAAAAAUUGGAAAAUACACAAGACAUGAUCAUAUCAUCGUACAAAUUGGCAAUGAAUUCGACAAAUCGAAAACUUUGCGAUCAAUAUAUGGCGAUCAAAAGUCGUUUGGAUGUCGAUGCGCAACAAAAUUGUGAACUAACCAGCCCAUUGAGCAGUCAACUCAAUCCAUACAUUGUGGACUCAAAUGCAAAUGUCGUUGGCAGUGUUUUCCAUCGGGCCAUUGUGGCCGCCAAACGUACCGGUUUCAAUAGUUCGUCACAGAAAAGUCACAUACCACUGUUGGGAAAUAUUCGCAUCGAAAUCGAUCCAGAGGAAUUUGAUGAUGAUCACAAACCAAUUCAUGAGUUAAAACCAUAUGUUGGCCUCUUGAAGCGACGCAAAGAAAGUUCGUACGAACAUAGUUCAGAUCCGGAUCUAAAACAACCAGCGGCCAAGCGUCAACGUACCGAUUCAUUUUCAGUGGCCGAUUUACCAUUGAAGAGACAUGCCCCUGGUAUAAAUAGUUAUCUUUUGACUUCGUUAACAAAUCAAAGUCACGUCGUGAAAGAACAAAACAUGAGCAUUCAAGAGUUAGAUGACACCAUCGAUAUAGACAAUGACCAACCACGUAAUUCAAUCGGUGAACUGUGCGAAACAGUUAAUUUGCUUAGCACACCAGUUGUAAAAAGUAGCCGCCUGGAAAAACAAAGUCGCAUCGAUAGCCGUUGUCAAACUCCACAAAGUACGCGAAGUAUUUUGAAACAACGGCACACCGAAAUUGGUUCAACCAUAUCACGACGCUCAACAUCUCCGUCGUUAACAGCGAAUUCACGGCGAUCGGUUGAUUUCAAUGCAAAACCAUUUUGUUACACAAUUCCACCACAAAAUGAUGAAUUCCGAUUGGGUGCCAUAGAAGAAACAGCAAAUGUACAAGAAGAUGACGAUUCAAAUUCAUUCAAUUCGCCCAAUUCAAUCAAAGGACGUCGACCAAUUCAUUCUGCCAAAAAUAGCAGUGCAUCAAAUUCCAUCGAUGAAUUUUAUUCGCCGGAAACAUCAAAGGUGAACGAAGAGCUUAAAGAAACUAGUCAUGAGAUUGGAAAUGAGAAUCUAUCGCGCAUACCACAUCAUACUGAAACACCAGUUUUAGAUUCACCAUCAACUGUUAAACCGAGACGUGGAUUAAGAUCGAAAACACCUGAAAUUCCAAUGAUGAGUUCAACACGCAUUACACGUUCACGUUCCAAAUUGAAUCUCGAAGAUAGUGCCGAUUAUGACAGUGUAACGGAACAGCCAGUGCUUAAUACUUCGACACCAAAGCGAACCGCUCCAAAACGUGCAUCGUCUCGAUCGUUAAGCAAAAAUGUAAUUACGUCCAAUGCGUUGAAGGUUCAAACCGAAGUCGAUAAAUCGAUUCGAGUUGAUGGAUCAGAAGACAGUAGAUCGGUUGAUGGUGGUUCGGCGGUUAAACAACGGAAUUUCCUUAAAGAUGCAUCCGAAAUGAGUAUGCGAACAACACCAAUGGCAUAUUCAAUGGACGAAUUGGAUGCAACUCAUAUGAAAUAUAAUCUAUUGCAAGAUUCAUCAUCGUUUGCCUCAGAAUGCAGCGAAAGUGACAUUGUUGAGAAAUUGUCUGUGCAUGAGGAUUCUGUGACGGGACAAAUUGAUAAAUCAGUUGAAGAACAAACUCGAGAAGAAAUCCAAGAAGAAACUCAAGAUGAAACUCAAGAAGAAAUUCACGAAGAGACUGAAGAAGUUCAAGAAAAAAUCGAGCAACAACAAAUCGAGCCCACUGAGGAGCAAUUCAAAGAGCAAAACGAAACGCAAACUGAUGAACAAUCGAUUGCUGAUUAUUCAAUGGAGAGUGUUGAAAAUGAGCCAAGCAGCACCCACGUUGCCAUCGAUAAUGAAAGUAUUCCAAACGAUCCAAGCUCCAUCGUAAAUGCACAAACAACAAUAGAAGUCACUGAAACAACAACAGAGCAUGUUGUUAUCACUGCAGCUCGUGAGCUUGCACAGAACUAUUUGGUCGAUAGUUCGACGGGCGUAAGUGAAUCCAUUUUGCAAAAAUUCUCUCGUUAUGAACACUGCACGAGUUCAUUCUUCGGUGAAAGUGCUAACGCCCAAAAUCUGCUCGAAGACAGUUCAAUUUGUACACCGCCGGCAAUUGCUGAAUCGGCAACAAAUGCCGACAGUGAAAAAGAUGUGGUAAACCUUGAUGACAUUGACUCGAAGAGCGAAGCAUCUUCGAAUAAUACCAUAUCAAGCGAGGAAAGUUCUGAUAGUGAACUGGAAGGAAAUUUAGUUUAUGAAGAAAGCGACAAUGAAGAUGAUGAGCCAAACGCUGGACCUGUCGAUGUUAUUCAAAUUUACAGCAGCUCGGAAGAUGAAAAUAAUUCGGUUAAUUCAUUGGAUGACAUUCAAAUUGCCGAUUCACAAGAUCCAGAACAUCAUGAUGAGAUAGAAUACGAUAUAAAUGAUGAAUUAACCAGCGGUUCACAACCACAAACCAAUCAAUUUGAACAAAUUGAUAAUUACAAUAUCAUCGAAUUGCAAUCGGCAUCGAUAGAAGUCGAAGAUUUUAUCCCACCAACUGAAACAAGUGCACAAAGUUUGAUUAGCCAAGAGCAAGCGAUGAAUCACAUGAUUUACGGUGACUUGGGAGUGGUCGAUGCUGAAAUGUUAGACUUGGACGUACAUGGUGAUGCAUUCGGUUUCGAGAUGCAUGGCGAUCAUGGUGAUCAAAAUCAAGAAUCGGCUUAUUUGGAAAUGGCAAAAACGAGAAGUGAACAAGUGCCACAAUUAAUACUUGAUGAGCCCACAACUUCUGAGCCAAUACAACAACCAGAUAUCAACGAUGAACAGAUAUGCGAACAGACAGUUAACCAAGAUCAACCACAAGAGGAUAUCGUCGAUGAAAAUGUUACCACUGAAAAUAAAACGGAAGCGCCUGUAAGUGAGACCACUGAAAGUACUUCGAUUGCUCAAGAACAGAACAUUGUUAUCGAAGCUUCAGUCGAAGUUCCAGAAACAGAUGAAACGAAUAUUCUCGAUAAGGCUGUCAUAAUCGAUGAACCAUCUACGAUUGAAAGUGACGAUGUUACAACAGAGAAACAAUCCGAUAAUAUCGAAAGUGAACCAAUGGAAAGUACUGCAAUGGAAGUAGAUGAACCGACAAAUAUUUUCGAUAAAGCUGCUGCUGCGAGUACUUUGGACGUGAGUGAGCCAAUAAGUGAAAUAGUCGAAAGUUCGUCGCAAAAAGAAGAUACACAUACAAUUGACAGCGACGCAAAACAAGUUCAAUCAAACGAUGAUGCCAAAAAGUCGCCGGAAAAGUUGACUACAAACAAUGAUAAGGUCAAACAAAAAUCACAAUUAAGAAGAACAGGUCGUGCUGCUUCUCAACAAGAUUUGUCAAAGGACGAUGAUAAAGAUGGGGAAAAAGAACGAAUUAAUGUGACCGAUUCCAAAUCGAAAGCACCAUCUAAGCAAAAAAUGAAAAAAGCCAUGUCCCAUCAAAAUCUCUCGAUUAUAGACGAAACAGAAGCGAAAUCAAAUGAAACAAUUGGCAAACUGCGCACUAAACGGGCAAAAUCACAACAGCCCAUCGAACGAAGCUCUGAUGAUGUGAAUCGCUUGAAACGCAGUGUUUCUGAACAUAAAGAAUUUUCGAUUAACAUCAAAAGAAUUGAAACUGAAGCUGGAAAAAGUAAAGACAACUCGGAAAAUCAACAGCAAACUGUUGAUGAAGCACAACCAGAAGAUUCGAAACGGAAGAAACGUGGCGCAUCACAACAAAAGGAUGUGCCAGUCAAAGUGAAGUCGGAAGAAGAACCGAGUACCUCAAAGGCAGCAACUUCAAAACGCACCAAAACAAAAUCAAACAUCGAUUUAGAUCUUGGUGAUAAAUUCGAUGCGGAAGAAAAACCAAUUCGUCGACUUCGUAAAGCGACAUCAAAUCAAAAUCUCACGGAAUUAGUUGAAAGUCAACCCGAUGAAACAACAGUCAAAAGUGGUAAAUUGCCGAGCAGAAAGAGGACAGAGUCAACCGAUUUCGGCGAUAAACUUGAUGCGGAAGAAAAACCAACUCGUCGACUUCGUAAAGCGACAUCAAACCAAAGUCUCACGGAAUUGGUUGAAAGUCAACCCGAUGAAAUAACAGCCAAAAGUAAAUCGCCGAGCAGAAAGAGGACAGAAUCAACCGAUCUUGGCGACAAAUUUGAUGCAGAAGAAAAGCUAAGUCGUCGACUUCGUAAAGCGACAUCAAAUCAAAAUCUCUCUGAAUUGGUUGGAAAUCAAGCCGAUGAAACAACAGUCAAAAGUGGUAAAUCGUCGAGCAGAAAGAGGACAGAAUCAAUUGAUCUUGGCGAUAAAUUCGAUGCGGAAGAAAAACCAAAUCGUCGACUUCGUAAAGCGACAUCAAACCAAAGUCUCUCUGAAUUGGUUGAAAAUCAAGCCGAUGAAAUUACGGCCAAAAAAGGUAAAUCAACUGGUCCACGUCGAGCUCAAUCGCAUCAAAGCUUGUCCAGUAUCUCGGAUGAAGGUCAACCAGAAGAGGACACAAAACGACGCAGUAAACGAACUAAAUCGGUAUCAAUGCAAGACAUCAGUAUUCAAUCAACGUCACGCACAACGAAACGGGUAGCAUCGCAGCAACGAUUAGACGACAUUGAUGAAAAAGAAGAAUUAAAAGUCCAAAAACGUAAAAAGACGAAAUCAGAAUCAACCGAUUCAGAUUCGGAGCUUGGUGAUAAAUUUGAUGAGAAUGAAAGUUCAACGAGUCGACGACUUCGAAAGGCUGUGUCACAUCAAACACUUUCAAGCAUCGAAGAACGCUCAGAAGAUUCACCGAUCAAAAAAGGUAAAACGCAAAGCAAAAAAGAGCUAAAAACAUCAAGAAUGACACGACGUGCAACCUCAACUCAAAGUAUAACCAGUGCUAUUGAAGACGAAGCCCGGGAUACCGAAGCACCGAAAACUCGGUCGAGAAAAAGAAUAAAAUCAGAUUCCUCCGAUAAAGUUGAAGAAAAUCCAGAAACCGAAACAAAAACUCGAUCACGUCGUGCUCCAUCGGAAACAAAGCAAUCACCGAAAGGCGACGAUAAAAAGGAAUCACGUAAAACAUCAACACGAUCAAGUAAAAAAGACGACGAUACACAUUCGGAAGCCUCUUCAAUUGUUUCAACGCGUAGUCGUAAGACAGCUGCAAAUACAGACGACGAAACAUCAUCGGUAAAAUCGAGCCGAGUUCGUGGCGCUAGAUCAGCAUCAGUUUUACCGGCCAUUGCUGAAGAUGAAAAUCAAGCAACAAGCACUUUGUCUCAGGACUAUUUGGAAAACAGUCGUUUGACACGUUCACAACGAGCCACAAUCGAAAAAUAUGCAAAACUCAAGGAGAAAAUUUCGGUAAAUGAAACAACAUCAGAGCGGAAAACACGCAAAACAAAGGCAGAUAAUACCGUUGAAGAACAACAACUUGGUUCCGAUCACAGUGAUUCGGAAUCGGUGACAUCGCAUAAAAGUACUGCGUCGAAAGUAUCGAAAAAAUCGAAAACAUCCGAAGCCUCAUCGUCGCAACGAACGACACGUCAACGUGCACAAAAGAAAUAACCACAUAUUGUUUGAGAAACAAACUCAUAAAAAUUAAGACUCAAAUUGUUUGAAAUAUGUAGAUUUACUUUUCAUGAAAAAAAAAAAAAAAAACGUUUUCUGUUUGUUAAUGAAUUUGAAAUGAUACCAUAUGUUCUUUCUUUCUUAAAAAAAAACAACAAAUUUACAUAAGUGCCAAAUUGCUGUUCAUUUUUGCAAACUUUCGCUUCAUUUUGCACAUUUUCUUUGUUAAAAAGUUGAUUGAAAAUUCAAAUAAACUAAUUAGAAAUAAUCAAUUUGUAAUUUUUCAA